AUGGAAGAUAUCAUUCGCAACUAUUUUACUAAAAACUACACGUAUGAUACAAUUCUACAGCUAUUACAAAAAUAUCAUGGAAUUCGCAUCUCUAGAAGUACUUUGCUGAAUAAGCUUAAGCUUUAUGGAUUGCAACGACGUGGAAAUACCGUUGAUAAAGACCACGUAAGAAGAUGCAUUGUUCGAGAACUAGAUGGAAGUGGUAAAUUGUUGGGCUAUAGAGCCAUGUGGAGACGAUUGCAGUCAAAAUAUGGCUUGCAAGUUCCUCGUUUGGUUGCUCAAACCACCCUUCAAGAAGUGGAUCCAGAGGGAUCGAAAUGGAGACGGGCUAACCGUCUUCGUAGAAGAGCUUACAUGAAUCCGGGGCCAAAUUAUUGCUGGCAUGCCGAUGGUUACGACAAACUUAAACCGUAUGGUUUCCCCAUCCAUGGGUGUAUAGAUGGAUUUAGCAGGAAAAUACUGUGGUUAAAUAUAGUUCCUUCAAAUAAUGAUCCCCGCGUAGUGGGCAGGCUAUUUUACGACUGCAUAUCUAAUAUGCAACUCUGUCCUAAAAUUCUUAGAACAGAUAGGGGAACAGAAAAUGGGAUUAUGGCAUCAGCCCAGUGUUUCUUACGCCGAGAUGGUACGGACACACAUUCUGACGUCAAUGCUCAUCAAUAUGGAUCAUCACACAGCAAUCAGCGAAUAGAAGCAUGGUGGGCCAUGUUACGUCGCUCGUGGGCCUCGUGGUGGAUGAAUUUUUUUAAGGAUUUGAUAGCUAAAGGGGUUUUAGACACAAGCAACGUACUUCAACUUGAAUGUCUAUGGUUUUGCUUUAGUCCUGUCUUAAAAAAAGGACUUGACCAAAUCAAGGAAUCGUGGAACAGUCACUAUGUACGCAAAUCCAGGUUUUACACUCAUGCGGGGAUCCCUGAUCAGCUUUACCUUCUACCUGAAGCAGUUGGAGCUGAAGAUUUUCAGAAACAAUAUGACGACGAAGAUCUUAUAGAGAUUUACAAUUCAGUUAAUGUGUCGACAGAAAAGGUCUCUACAUAUCAAAAAUACUUCUCGUAUAGUGCUGGUGUGUUACAAAUAGGACAGAUCCAGACAUGGAGAGAAGCUUUAAUGGCAUAUGAAAGACUUCUAGAAGCAGCUUAAAGCAAAUAGCAAUGAACAAAACAUAUUUAACAUUAAUAACUCAAAACGAUAACGUAUAUGGUAAUCUUAUAAAGAAAUAAGAUAAUUUCAUAUUCAGGGAAGGUCCAUAACCUCCAUCUUCAUAUGACACCA